GGAACCAGAGGGGAGUGCAGUGAGUCUUGGCCCUUGGUCGUGCAGUCCAGAGGACUGGAUGGCAUGCUGGACCCAAGCUCAGCUCAGCGUUCGGACCCAAUAACAGCUUUUCCAAGGGAGCAGCUUUCUGUCCUGGCCACUCUGAGGUGCAUAGCGUAAUGUCCAUGUUGUUCUACACUCUGAUCACAGCGCUUCUGAUUGGCAUCCAGGCAGAACCACUGGCAGAGAGCAAUGUCCCAGUGGGGCACGACAUCCCCCAAGCCCACUGGAGUAAGCUUCAACAUUCCCUUGACACAGCCCUCCGCAGAGUUCGCAGUGCCCCAGCUGGGACCAUAGCUGCCCGGGUGGCUGGCCAGAGUGGCAACAUCACCGUGGAUCCCAAACUAUUCAAAAAAAGAAGACUGCAUUCCCCACGCGUGUUAUUCAGCACCCAGCCUCCACCCCUGGCUGCAGACACUCAGGAUCUGGACUUGGAGAUCGGCAACAUUGGCCCUUCCAACAGGACUCACAGGAGCAAACGUUCCUCCACGACCCACCCCAUCCAUCAGCGGGGUGAGUUUUCUGUGUGUGACAGUGUCAGCGUGUGGGUUGGGGACAAGACCACUGCCACAGACAUCAAGGGCAAGGAGGUGAUGGUUCUAGGAGAAGUGAAUAUUAACAACAGUGUCUUCAAGCAGUACUUUUUUGAGACCAAGUGCCAAGCACCCAACCCUUCAGACAGCGGGUGCCGGGGCAUCGACUCCAAGCAUUGGAACUCCUAUUGCACCACCACUCACACCUUCGUCAGGGCACUGACCAUGGACGACAAGCAGGCAGCCUGGAGGUUUAUUCGGAUCGACACAGCCUGCGUGUGUGUGCUCAGCAGGAAGACAGCAAGAAGAGCUUGAGUCCCAUGCCAGCCCUUUCCUCCUCCUGACCCCUCCACAC